AUGACAGUAGCCACCGGAGACCCGGCGGACGAGGCUGCCGCCCUCCCUGGGCACCCGCAGGACACCUACGACCCGGAGGCCGACCACGAGUGCUGCGAGCGGGUGGUGAUCAACAUCUCGGGGCUGCGGUUCGAGACCCAGCUGAAGACCUUAGCCCAGUUCCCAGAGACCCUCUUGGGGGACCCCAAGAAGCGGAUGAGGUACUUUGACCCCCUCCGCAACGAGUACUUCUUCGAUCGGAACCGCCCCAGCUUCGACGCCAUCCUCUACUAUUAUCAGUCGGGGGGCCGGCUGAGGCGCCCCGUGAACGUGCCCUUAGAUAUCUUCUCGGAAGAGAUUCGGUUCUAUGAGCUGGGGGAAGAGGCGAUGGAGAUGUUUCGGGAAGACGAAGGCUACAUCAAAGAGGAAGAGAGACCUCUGCCCGAGAACGAGUUUCAGAGGCAGGUGUGGCUCCUCUUCGAAUACCCGGAGAGCUCGGGGCCUGCCCGGAUUAUAGCGAUCGUGUCCGUCAUGGUGAUCUUGAUCUCCAUCGUCAGCUUCUGCCUGGAGACGCUGCCCAUCUUCCGGGACGAGAACGAAGACAUGCACGGCGGGGGCGUGACCUUCCACACCUACUCCAACAGCACCAUCGGGUACCAGCAGUCGACCUCCUUCACCGACCCGUUCUUCAUCGUCGAGACCCUCUGCAUCAUCUGGUUCUCCUUCGAGUUCCUGGUGAGGUUCUUCGCCUGCCCCAGCAAAGCCGGCUUCUUCACCAACAUCAUGAACAUCAUCGACAUCGUGGCCAUCAUCCCCUACUUCAUCACCCUGGGGACGGAGCUGGCCGAGAAGCCAGAGGACGCCCAGCAGGGCCAGCAGGCCAUGUCGCUGGCCAUCCUCCGCGUCAUCCGCUUGGUAAGAGUCUUUCGGAUUUUCAAGCUGUCCAGACACUCCAAAGGGCUCCAGAUCCUAGGGCAGACCCUCAAGGCCAGCAUGAGAGAGCUGGGCCUCCUGAUAUUCUUCCUCUUCAUCGGGGUCAUCCUUUUCUCUAGCGCUGUCUAUUUCGCGGAGGCCGAUGAGCGAGACUCCCAGUUCCCCAGCAUCCCGGAUGCCUUCUGGUGGGCAGUCGUCUCCAUGACAACUGUAGGCUACGGAGACAUGGUCCCGACGACCAUUGGGGGCAAGAUCGUGGGUUCCCUAUGUGCAAUUGCAGGGGUGUUAACCAUUGCCUUACCCGUCCCCGUCAUAGUGUCCAAUUUCAACUACUUCUACCACCGGGAGACAGAGGGAGAGGAGCAGGCCCAGUACCUGCAAGUGACGAGCUGUCCAAAGAUCCCGUCCUCCCCUGACCUAAAGAAAAGUAGAAGUGCCUCUACCAUUAGUAAGUCUGAUUACAUGGAGAUCCAGGAGGGGGUGAACAACAGCAACGAGGACUUUAGGGAGGAAAACUUGAAAACGGCCAACUGCACUCUGGCUAAUACAAACUAUGUGAAUAUCACCAAAAUGCUAACCGAUGUCUGA